AUGGGUAUCAACACAGCGUUAAGGAGAUUUUGCUCAGUGGUGCGAGCCCUGCUCACAUUUCUCCUUGCUCUCCUGGUACUCGGGGUGAUGUUAUGGGCAUACAUCAAUGAUUUCCAGAUAGUCACAUCUCCAUAUAACAUCAUCUCAUUAGGUUUCUAUGGAGUGUUGCUUUGCAUACACAUCCUAAUUCAGAGUGUGUUUGCCUUUGUGGAGCAUCGGCGCAUGAAUGCAAGACGCAAACCAUGCUCUUACACAAAAACCAUCGGCUUGUCUAUAUCAGCCUUUCAGGAGGACCCUGCUUAUCUCAGUGAGUGCCUUCAUUCAAUACGGGCUCUGCACUACCCACCUGGGCUGCUGCGCAUCGUCAUGGUUGUGGACGGAAACUCAGAAGAUGACCGAUACAUGAUGGAGAUGUUCCGUGAGGUCUUCGCAGACCAGGAUCCUGGUUGUUAUAUAUGGCAAAACAACUACCACUCGUGGAAGCCCACUGACCAAAAUGAUGGAGUUGUGUUUGAAGACCCUCAGUGCUCAGAGGUUGAAGAACUCAUCAGGACCAAGAACUGUGUGUGCAUUAUGCAGAAAUGGGGAGGAAAGAGGGAAGUGAUGUAUACAGCGUUCAAGGCACUAGGCACUUUAUCCUCUGUGGAUUAUAUACAGGUAUGUGACUCGGACACAAAACUAGACCCACUAGCCACAGUGGAGCUCUGCAAGGUGCUGGAGAGCGACCAAAAGUAUGGUGCCGUGGGGGGCAAUGUGAUGAUCCUGAACACCAGUGACUCCUAUAUCAGCUUCAUGAGCAGCCUGCGCUACUGGAUGGCAUUUAACAUUGAGAGGUCCUGCCAGUCCUUUUUCGACUGUGUCUCCUGUAUUAGCGGCCCUUUGGGUCUUUAUAGGAAUGACCUGCUGCAGCAGUUUCUGGAAUCUUGGUACAACCAGAAGUUUCUUGGCACCCACUGCACUUUCGGGGAUGACCGUCAUCUCACCAAUCGAGUGCUAAGCAUGGGCUAUGGUACAAAGUACACUGCCCAUUCUAAGUGCUACACAGAGACUCCCAAUCAGUUUCUGCGUUGGCUCAAUCAGCAGACGCGUUGGACCAAAUCCUACUUCCGUGAAUGGCUCUAUAAUGCCAUGUGGUGGCACAAGCAUCAUCUGUGGAUGACCUAUGAAUCCAUUGUCACAGGCAUCUUUCCUUUUUUUGUCACUGCCACCAUUAUCAAGCUCUUCUGGACAGGCACUCUGUGGGACAUUUUGUGGGUCUUGUGCUGCAUCCAACUGAUUGGUCUGAUAAAAGCAGCCUAUGCCUGCAUCCUACGACAGAAUCCAGUGAUGCUCUUCAUGUCCUUAUACUCUGCCCUCUAUAUAAUAAGUCUCCUGCCUACCAAAUACUUUGCCAUGAUUACCAUGAACAAAAACAGCUGGGGGACAUCGGGCCGUCUUAAGAUGGUGGAGAACUAUAUCCCGCUAGUACCACUAUCAGUGUGGGCAGCUAUUUUGCUGGCAGGCCUGGGGAAUACAAUCUACAGAGAAAGCAUUGAGAAGUGGACAACAGAUGAAAAGAAAGAGGAGAUCAAAUUUUUGAUACUUGGAUCAGCAGCUUAUGUGUGCUACUGGCUUGCAAUGAUCUUCUUCUGUUGGUUGUGGUUUUGGAGAUUAUAUGGAAAACACUCACAUACUUGUACUGUGAAUGUAUAG